AUGUCGAUGCUGAAUAUGAGCUUUUGCUUAAAAAAUGAAGAAGACCUGGGGUUUCUGUUCUGCUUUAGCACACCUCUCUGUCCUUUUGAACUCUGCCUCAACCUCACUCAAGUGAUUGUAUCAGCAAUGAAGAUAUUUUGUAUUUUCCUGACCUUUGUCUUCACUGUGUCUUGUGGUCCAGCAGUUUUACAGAGGAAAACAAGAGAAAAAACAAGAGAAAUUGAAGAAAGAAAAAGUCAAUGUUACCUUGUUCGUGGUGCUUGCAAGACUUCAUGCAACACCUGGGAAUAUGUAUAUAAUUACUGUGAUUCCGAGCCCUGCUGUGUUGUACGGGAAUACGCAAUACCAGGCAGUCAAAGCACCACCACUAAAGCUUAUGAAGAUGUUAAUUAUAGAUUUAUUACACUACCUGCUACUACCCAUGCAAAUUAUAAUUCUUCUAUUAUAUUACCUAACAAUACUGAUGUAAAUUAA